CAAAAAGACUCUGGAUUUUACGGCGUGUUUCGUGGUUUUCUUUUAUUCGCUGCUUUAAUGGCAAAUGUAGAAAUAUAACUCAAACCUGAGUGGAGUGAAACGAAGAUUAUUCGUGCCAACCUAGAAGACUGCCAAUCGCCAGCAACAUGCAAAGAGAUCAACAGAAGAACGCAGCUAUGAUGGAUUUCUCACCGAGUCCAGACAGUGAAACUUCUGGCUACUAUAGAAAUCGCAGCCGACGUGAUGAGCGUGACCGGGGCAAUCGAGGAAGAUCGAAGGACCGUUUCCGGAACAACUCUCGCUACAGCCGUAGCCGAUCUCGGUCGUACAGUCGAGAACGCUACACUUCGCGGCAGCGCAGUGACGAGAGGGAUCCAUAUCGAGACGAGCACGACCAGGAGUAUGAUGACGGAGGAUGGGAAAGAGAGCGCUACAGACCGCGGAGCCGGGAACGAGACCGAGACCGGGACCGAGAGCGUCGAUCCCGUGAGCGAUACCGUGAUCGAAGAGUCCGAGAUAAGGAGGGCCGCCGGGGUGGCUAUUCGCCCAGCUCCAUGGAUGACAUCGAUAACUUUGAUAGCGAAAACGAGUACAUGUAUGAUCGGACGCCCAAUAACAACAUCAUUAUUCGCGGACUGGCACCACAAGUUACCGAAGCGGAUAUUGUCAGUGAUCUCAUCCAGUGCGGUCUGCAGGCUUUAUCCGUGAGGCUAAUUCGCAGGAAAAAGACAGGUGAAUCCAGAGGGUUCGCAUUUGUCGAGUUUCGCACAGAAGAGGAAGCAACUCGGUGGAUAUGUAACAAACAGGGUGUACUGGUGUUCAAUGGGUACCAUGCCGUCAUGCAAUACACCUUUUCGAUGCCGUCGAAAAUGAGCACCGAUUGGUUCUGCUCUAAGUGCUAUGCUUUCAAUUUCAAGCGGAGAGAAAAUUGCUUCAAAUGCCAUGCCUCACGCAAGGGUAGCGAGAUUGGUGGUGAUGGGAGCGACGAGAUGAGUAACAUUCUCACCAAGAAGAUCAUGCUGCGCAACCUGGACGUCCUGACGAACGAAGAAAGUGUGCUGGGUGUCAUGCAGAAACGGUUGUCUGCGGAGCUGGUCGGAAAAAUCUCGAAGGUGGUCAUAUGCCGCGAUCCACUGACCUCGAUCUCGCACGGCAUGUGUUACUUACACUUCGAAAACCUGGUCGACUCCAUGAACACGCACAAUGCGCUUAAGGAGCUCGAACCGCCGCUGGUGAUCGACAAUCGUGAAGUCAUCGUCUCGUAUUGCAUGGAUACCGAAAACCGCAAUGUAAUGAAACCAAAUCAACCGGCAAACCACCCUCACCAUCACCAUCAUCAACGUGCUGAAGGAGGAGGAGGUAAUCUUCGCAAUGGAGGCGGCGAUGGUCGGGGGCAACAAUCGGGUGAUCAUUCGCAAUCUGGAAGCUAUCAUCAUCACCACCAUCAUCAUCAUGGCGGUGGACAUCGAGGAGAUGGAGCUGGACCGAGCUUCGAUCGUUACGGCAAUUCACAUGGAUCGAAUAAAAAUUCCGGAGGUAGCUCUGGCAACAGUGGAGGUGGUGGUCGUAACAGUUACCACCAGGGUGGCACAGCAGCACAACACCAGAAUACGACCGCUGGAGGAUUGGCGAGUACGCAGGCGGCCUCGACAGAGCUAGAAUUCCCGGGCAACUAUACACUGGCCGAUGUACCACGUUUGGCCGAGUAUAGUGCCUCGAUGUAUGCCUCCAAUACGGCCGAACAUGCACACUAUCUCCAAUAUUACACUGACUAUUACAACUCGAAGUUAGCACACACCGCUCCCACUGUUACAGUACCACCUGCUGUUCUUGCUGGAGCCGGAAGCGGAAUAGCGCCUCGGAUGAGUGAAACGGCCAACAAUGGUGCUGCGGUCGCUCAAUCGGCCAUAGCACGCAAACAGGCAGGCGGCGUUAGUGGCAACCCAAACAUCAGAGGUGCUAAGGAUGAUAGGUUCGCGCCGGUUGUCGCGUCAACAGUUACUAAUCAACCGCAACCGCAGCUACCGGUACCGAAUGGACUUGAUGGUCGAAAGUAUCCCGUCCCCGACACCUCACUCUAUCAGUUUGAUGAAACGUCCGGCUUUUAUUAUGACCCCACCACCGGUCUCUAUUAUGACGCCAACUCGCAGUAUCACUACAAUCGUGAAACCGGUUCCUAUUUGUACUGGGAUUCGGAAAAUCAAACUUAUGUUGCCGUUCCCCCUUCGACCGGCACGGAGAUGGCAAGUGCGCAACAUGAAACCACCGCGAGCACUCUGAUCGGACCUACACUGCCGGCAGCUUUUGAACCUGAUUCUGCCCACGCGCACGUACCGUUAGCAUCGGCAGUCAACGAUGGGACGGACAAAGCCGCCGAAAAGUCGAAAACUAAAGAUCAUCAAGCACCUCCGCAGGACAAGGUUAAGGUUGCAAAGAAGAUUGUUAAAGAUAUGGAAAAAUGGGCGAAACAGCUGAACCAAAAGAAGGACUACAGCGUACU